CUUCUCGCUUUCUGUGCAUUCUUCUCGCCGGCGAUCCUCUUUGCGUCGACAUGGCGUCGGGCUCCGAUGGCGGCGAGGAGGCGGCGGAGUCUCCGGACUCCCGGGCCGGGAAAGAUUCCGCCUCGGGCUCCAUUGAGGUGGAGCAGAAGUUCCUUUUUGGGCCUGACGCCGUGCAGAAGCUGGUGGCGCUGGGGGCGAUGCCGGAAGGCAGCAUCUCCUUCCGCGACUGGUACUACGACGUGCCCGAUUGGCGCCUCACGCUAGCAGAUCAUUGGCUCCGGCUGCGCGAAGGGGCUGGCUGGGAGCUGAAAUGCCCCCCGCAGCCACUAGAGGGCGCCGCCGCUAGUCAGGGGCAACAGGACCUUCCGGAACCGCCAGCCGGAGCCCGGAGCCACGAGCUGCAGCACCCGCUUCAGCCAAUAGAGGGCGCUGGCAGGACGCACCUGGCCACGCAAUACCAGGAAGUGACCUGCCCCCGAGACAUCGUGGCCCGCGUCUGUGGCCUGCUGGGUGUGGACCCGGCCGCGGGUUGGCAGAGCGAUGUGGCCAGAGCCGUGGAGGAGCAGGGCCUGCAGGAGUUUGCCAGCUUCGUCACCCGGCGGUGUAAAUACCGCCUGGACAGCCUCCACCUGACCGUGGAUCUCGACGAGAUGGACUUUGGCUAUGCCGUGGGAGAGGUGGAGGCCAUAGUUUUGCGGGAGCAGGAAGUUCCAGAGGCUCUGCAGAGGAUACAGGAGCUGGGAAGUAUGCUGGGCCUGGAUGUGAAAACCCCGAUUCCUGGCAAGAUGUCUGUCUACCUGCAUAAAUUCAGACCUGCGCACUACGAGGCCCUCGUGAGAGCCGGGUCGCUGAGGAAAGUGAGAGCUUCAACAGAUGAGGAGGGGAACUGACCGGG